UUGCGUGGCUUACUGCGCCAUGAGCAAAGCGGCCGGCCUCGUGGGUCCACCCUUGAAUCAGUGGCAGGGACCGGUACGGGGCACGGGAUUUCUGCAGAUGAUCGACCAGUUCCUCAUGGCCGUGUGCGGUGGCAUACCGUGGCAGGCGUACUUCCAGCGUGUGCUCGCCAGCAAGACGGUGUUCGACGCCAAGAUACUGUCCUUCAUGACCGCGCUCGGCUGCCUCGCUGUCAGCGUUCCGGCCAUCGUCAUCGGCGGCAUCGCAAAAAACGCAAACUUCACGGCAGCCGGCUACGACGGGCCGUACAAUCUGCGCGAGAACGAGCACGUGCAGGUAUUGGCGCUCGCGAUGCAAUGGCUGUGCCCAGGCAUGGUGUCGGUGUUUGGCCUGAACGCCCUCAUAGGCUCCAUCAUGUCCUCGGUGGACUCGUCGGUGCUCAGCGCUGCCACUCUCGUCACCCGCAACAUCUACCAAUUCGUCAUCAGACCCACCGCGACCGACGUGGAGAUCUCCGUGGUGCUGCGCUCCAUGGUAUGCCUCCUGGGCGGCCUGUCGGCGUUCCUCGCGCUCUCGGUCACCUCGGUCACUGACCUGCGGAUAGCCGCUUCGGACGUCGUCUUCGUGCUCCUCUUUCCGCAGCUGCUGUCCCUCUUCUACCUCCACAAGUUGACCAACUCGUACGGCGCGUUUGCCGGAUUCACGGUGGGUGCUGUGCUGCGCGCCCUCUGCGGAGAGCGCUCGCUGGGCAUCCCGGUGGUGCUGCAGCUGCCGAUGUACGACGGCGCCAGGGACGAGCAGCGCUUUCCCUUCCGCACGCUGUGCAUGCUGACGAACCUGUCGACGACGAUGAUCGCGUCCCACGUGGCGCAGGUCUGCUUCGGCCGCGGCUGGCUGCCGGACAGCCUCGACGUGUGCGGCUGCUUCUGCCGCGGCCCGGGGCGACAGCGCGGCGCCUCCUUCUUCGAGUUCAGGGAGCGCAGCGCGUCGCUGUUCUCGUCGCCCGAGGGCCUGACCAGCAAGAUCGCCGGCGAGCCGCCGUCGCACGUGGAAGGAGCCGCCGCGCUCACGUCUCCCGAUAACGUCGACGAGCGCCUGUCGCCCAGCACGUCUGACGAAGCCAACGAGCACCCCACGAAUACGGCCGUCGCCAAGGACCAGCCUACGCGCGCGGCCGAAGCCAAGGACCAGCUAGCUAACACGGCCGAAGCCAAGGACCGCCCUGCGCGCACGGCCAAAGCCAAGGGACACCCUACGCACACGGCCAAAGCCAAGCGCGGAAGCCUUCCGCGCAAGUCGUCCGUCAGCGCCAAGAAGAAGAGGCGCGCUUCGAAGCCCGAGGGUGGCACCGACUAACGCUGACGGAACCCUCGCGGAGGCCGGUGUGGAAGACGUCUCCGUGAUGUGUCGGCGUGGCCGGGACG